AUGUCUGCACCCAACCAGCACGGCGGCCAGCAUGGCUCGGGGGUUGGGCCGUCGUCGGCUGCCACGGCAACUUCGCAAGCAACGUCGAAUUCUCCUUCCGAUCUGAACAAAAUUGCUCACGCCGUGCAGAGCACGGUGGGCGGCAAGGACAAGGCGCCGCGGCCAGAAAAGUGCAUACACUAUUUGCUGAAGAAAGGAUUCACGAAAACCGAGGCAACAUUCCGCAAGGAGUCUGCAGUUGUCAAUGCUGACGGCCGGCCCGUUCGAAGGAGAGUCGACGACAUGGGUCCCGAGCGCUACGGAAAAGCUUUUAAGCUGCUGAAGAACUGGAUUGAGAAUGGGCUGGAUCUGUACAAGUUUGAGCUUUGGAAGCUUUUGUGGCCUGUCUUUGUAUACUCGUUUCUGGACUUGGUAGAGCAGAAUUUCGUGCCAGAGUCCAAGGCGUUCCUCCUAGAGCGGAAGCCAGACUUCGAGGGCAAUCACGCCGACGACCUCCGCACAUUUGGCACAAUCCAGCUGCCCGUCCACAUCACGGAAAACCCGACGACCAGAACCUACCGGCAGAACAGAUACCGAAUUCCACUGAACCAGCAUGUCAGCGGCCAGCUCUUCAGCUUCUUGGAGCGCCAGGAAGAGGCUGGUGGCAACGUGAUCACACAUAUCCUACAGGCCCACUGCCAAUUGGAUUCUACUGCCCGCGGCCCCAUCGAGCCAUACAGCUUUGAGGCCAUUGCACGUCGUGCUCAGAACAUGGACCUGGACGAGGCAGACGCUCAGGAGGGCAUUUCGGGUGUGUUUACGGGCGUCAGCAACCGGGAUGUUCUCAGCGCGCAUACGGCACUGAGACUGGGGCCGCUGCCGAUGGAGUCCGACCUGCGGGAAGACGUUCGUGCGGAGCUCGAAGAACAAGACCAGCGGCAGCCGCCUGCUGUCGGUGUUCCGUCUCUGGUCUCGGAGUUUGACGCAAAGAUCAAGCAGGAAGAGGGCGUGGACGGGCCUUCUCGUACCGACCUCCCGCUACCGCCAUCGCGGGCAAGAGAUGUUGUGAUGGAGAUGCAGAAGAUUCGCGAAAACCGGGACCGUUUUCGCAUUGAUGACCACACUGGCGGUGUCGGGGUGCCAGUUUCGGUGUGCAUGUUCACAUUUCACAACACCAGUGGCAGCGUCUCAUCCAUGGCCUUCUCCAAGGACCACCGGCUUGUUGCUUAUGGCACGAUGGACUCGUACAUCCGGGUCUGGAGCGUCGAUGGCAAGGCGCUGAAGAGCAAGCUGAUCGGAGAUGAGGACAAGACAAACAACAGAAAGCUAGUGGGCCAUUCCGGGCCGGUCUACGGCCUCUCCUUCUCCGACGCCGUGGCUGGGUUCAAGCACAAUCCUUUUGACGAGAGGCAAGCCCCGCUAGAGACAGACUCGAAGCUGCUGCUGUCUAGUUCUGCUGACGGUACGGUGCGACUCUGGAGCCUGGAUGUGUGGUCUUGUCUCUGCGUAUACAAGUCUCACACCGGGCCUGUGUUCCGGGUGCUUUGGGGGCCACACGGUCAUUAUUUCCUCACGGCUGGCUGGGACAAGACGGCGCGAAUCUUUACGCAGGACCACGCCUCUGCACAGCGGCUACUGGUAGGACACAACACGAGCAUCUCGGCCAUCGCGUGGCAUUCAAACGGGACGUAUGUUUUUUCUGCAUCUGACGAGACAGACAAGACGAUUCGCAUGUGGUCUGUAAUCAAGGGCGAUUGCGUGCGCGUCUUCACAGGACACGCAGAUUACAUCAGUGCGCUAGAGUGUGCACCAAACGGCAGAAUCCUAGCAAGUGCCGAUACAGGGGGCAACAUUUUCAUAUGGGAUAUUGAGAAGGGCACUCGUAUCAAGCGAUGCCGCGGUCACGCAAAGGGCGGCAUCCCGUCGCUGAGCUUCAGUGCCGAAUCCACGGCUCUCGUAUCAGGUGGGCUAGAUGGCACUGUCCGUCUCUGGGAUGUCAAUCUGCGGAAGGACAUCAACAAGGGACCCGCACUCCUCGGAGUGGGUGCAUCGGCAACGACGGCAGCGGGAGCAGGAGCAGGAGCAGGAGCAGCGACUGAUGCAGCCGGCAACGCAGCCAGUGACUCUGUGACAGUCGGCGGUGUACACGACCGAAGCAUCACGGUGGGAGGCCAUUCGGCACAGGCCAGCACGAGCACGGGCACGGGCACAUCGACAGCAGGUGGAGGCGGCGGUACGGGCAAGAAGAAGGGGAGCAAAGAAGUCAUGAUCACACCGGACCAGAUCAGCGCAUUUGCCACAAAGAAGACGCCGGUGCUGCGUGUCGAGUUCACGCGCAUGAACCUGGUCGUUUGUGGCGGAUGCUUCGACCCAUGA